UCGCAUAACUCUAAAGCAUAUUCUACAACGUCUUCACUCACUCUGAUACCAGAAACAGCGUGCGUGCGAUGCCGGAAGAAACGACGUCGAUCGACUACGUGAUGGAGGCCGCAUCUGGGCCGCACUUUUCGGGCCUGAGACUGGACGGCCUGCUACCCUCCUCCCCCACUUCCGAUUCAACCCUAACCUCCGAUUCUCUCCCCAAUCAACCCUUCGUCAUAGGAGUCUCCGGCGGUACCGCCUCCGGGAAAACCACCGUCUGCGACAUGAUCAUUCAGCAGCUUCACGAUCAUCAACAUUAUCUACCUGUACAUGUGAUUGUGUGGUGA